CCGUUCAGAUAUGUUUUCCCAGUAACUGUGUCAACAGGAGCUCUUUUCUUUUGUAAACUAUAAGGUUCUGCUCACUGGAGAUAGGAAUUAAUUCGGUUAUAUAUAUCUUUCACUUUUGUAAAUGAGCCAGGGUGCAAAUUAGGCGGGAAGUUGUGUUUUUAGAAAGUUUUGAGUGCUAUGCUAAUGGCUGCUGGCUGGCUGCACGUGCAACUCCGGUCAUGUAAAAGGCUAUAGUUAAAUAUUUAAAACAGCAUGAUGAGAAAAAUGUUUCAUAUGAAGUUAGUGAAAGGUAAUUCCGUAGUUUUCCUUCCUAGUGUAUACUCUAACGCUGAAAUAAAUCCUCAGGUUUAGAACACGGGGGUAAAAUGAAAUAGCUAACAGUUACUUUACUCCCUCAGGUCAGAGUUAUGAAAGAUUAAAGGUUAUUUCAAGGGUGGCAGCAGCCCCUCUUAAGGCCACGCCCCCUUUUUUGAUUCUCAGGUAGUGGACCUCACAUACUUGCAGUGAUGUGUAAAUCUUUCAGUUUGUAAAAUUUGCAAAGAGGAAGAAACGAAAACUUUGAGAAAACACAUUUUAUUAAAUAUAUUUUAUUAAAUAUAUUUUCUAACAGGAUUCUUAAAGCCUUUUAUUUUCCAGCCUUCUUUAAAACGUCUAAUGCAUCCUUCCCUGAUCUUGUCUUGACGUGUUCUGUGUCUCAAACUCUUCGUACCUCACACACUUUCCUCUUGACAUGUUUACCUUUCAGUACGACUCAGCAUCUAGUUGGAGUUGUAGGUUACAUCACCAUCACCUCUAAAUCUCUCUGUCCUCAGCUACCCAGCUCUCAUCUUACUAUAUUCUUUAAUCCAGUGUUUUAAUACAAAAACAAAAAAAUUAUCAUGGCCACCCAUGGGAAACAGUGUUCCUGCGGCGCUCAUCGCUCGACCCCAAGUGUCCAUCAAACCCUGGAUGAGAUGGACUUUGAGAGAGCUCUGGAUGGCGAUUUGGAGAGGGUCCGGUCAUUAUUGCAAAAAGGAACAGAUCCAAACAUGAAGGACCAGGCUGGAUACACUGCCCUGCACUACGCCAGUCGGGCCGCUCACCAGUCAGUGUGUGAGCUUCUCCUGGAUCAUGGCGCCUGUGCCAAUUCUCAGACACACGGUGGCGCCACAGCUCUGCACAGAGCUGCCUACUGUGGCCACAUCAAUGUCGUCAAACUGCUCCUAAACCGUGGAGCUAAUCCUGGCUUAACCGAUGAUGAUGGCUCAACACCUCUGCAUAAGGCUGCUGAGCAGGGCCAUCUCGAGACAUGUGUGGUGUUAGUAAACAGAUGUCCAGUCCUAAAAACCACAAAGGAUAAAAAAUCACGCUUACCUGUAGAUCUCAGUCCGGACCACAGCACCUUCUCAGAGUUACUGACGCCUCCUCGGUGAUGUCCACUGCAAUUCCCUAAAAACACGACUUUCUUUCUAAAAGUGCCUCUUAAGCUAAAGGAUAUGGUUUAGAUUUUGUUUUUUUUAUCCUCAUCCUCAUUAACAUCACCAUUAUCAUCUCCAAGCGUAUCUACACCCUCAUCUCCACUUCCAUCCUCAUCCCCAUCUUAUUACUCCAUAUUGAUUCCAUCCUUGUCCCAGAGUUCAUUAAUGUCAUUAUCCUCACCCUCAUGCUUGCUUGUCUCCAUAUUCAUCUCCCUAUCCCUACACUUACACCAUCCUCAUUCUUAUUCCUGUCCUCAUCCCUAUUCACAUCUUAAUCCAAAUUUUAAUCCCUGCCCUUUCUUUAUCCUCAUCCUUAUCCCUAUAACUAUCUUUACCUCAUCCUUAUGAUCUUCCCUAUCCUCGUCAUUAUUCUAAAUUCCCUCUAUGUCUUAAUAAUUCUGUUCUUUCUGAUGAUACCAUAAGUUCUGCAAACAGGCAGCAUUUUGGGGUUUCUGUGUCACAGCGACUGAUAUUAUCAUGUAAUGUUGUAAGGAUGUUCAGCCUAUACAGGAUGUAAAUUAAGUCAUAAGGUUGUGAGAGGAACAUUAGUUUUCACAUUAUAAAAGUAUUUGUGUUUAAGCUGCCAGCAGAUGGCACAAUUAACCAACACAAAGAUUUUGUGACUUUAUGAUCUUUUCUGUUCUGAACCACCUCAUCUUUAAAAAAAAAAAAAAAAAAGGCUGCAUAUACAGUACCAGUCAAAGUGGUUUGGACACACCUUGUAAUUCCUUGUAAUGUUUUUUGUUUUCUGAUUUAUUUUCUACAUUCUAGAACAAUACUGCUGAUUUCAACAAUAUGAAAUAACAUUUAUGGCAUUGUGUAAUGUAGUAACAACAAGUCAAUUGUUUUUUUUAAGACAAGAAUGUCAGCCUUUCUGGAAUAGUUCUUGCAAAAACAGUAUUGUGUCAAGUGCAUUUGCAGAAACCCAUUGAGCACCUUAAUGAAACUGUCUCUCAUGAAGAUCUUCCCGGGAAAGCAAGACCAAAACUUACCUCUGCUGCAGAGGAAAGGUUCAUUUAGAGUUACCAGCCUCAGAAAUCACCAAUUAAUAAACAGCACCUUAGAUUAGAGCCAUUAUGAAGGAUUUACAGAGCAUACUGUACGUAGCAGAAACAUCUCAAUAUUAACUGUUCAAAGGAGUUUAUUGUAUAUUUUGGAUGCCUUCAGCAUUGUUUUACAGCAUAGAAAGAAAAUAAAAAUCAGGAAACACCUUGGGAUAAGAAGAUAUGUCCAAAAUCUUGACUGAUAGUGUCUAUACAUCUCCUUGCACUGAAUUUUAUUAGAAAAUGACUCAUAAAUUUAGUAGAGCUUUGAUUUCCUUUUAUCGGCCGAGGUACAUCAAAUUGAAAAGAGGAAGUACAUUUCUUACAUCCUUUUAAAAAUCAAUUAUUCUUCACAUGUCAAGAAUUCUCUUAGUGAGAGUAAUGAUUGUAUAUAUAUAUUUUAAAUAAAAUAUUUUUUUGCUAAUAUAAUUCCUUUUUUAAAAAAAAAAAAAACAUAAUUUUGCAUUUGUAAAGCAUUAAGUAAUAAUGAAUGUUCCUGCCAGGACUGUUCAGUUGUCAGCUCAUAAUAAAAUAAAUUUAAUAUUAUAUUCCUUCGUCCAUAAAUAUUUCUGAGGCUGCUCUGUUGAGUUAAUCUAGUUUGAUUUAUUUUCUUCACCUCUU